UGCGAGCAGGAGAACUGGGGCCAUGCAAACAACCCCGACUAGAUGAGGGACACGUUAAGCUUAGGAGAAAUCAAGUCAGUAUUUAGACUCUAAGAAAUGAACAAGUGAGGAGGAAUGCGCUGAACGGACACACACACACACACACACACACACACACAGACACACACACAGACUCAAGGAUGAUUUGGACUUGACUGAGCCUCUUCGCUUUUCUCUAAGUACGCUGCUUGUACACAAUCAAUGGAGCACGAAGAAGAUUGCAGUGAUCAGAUCUGAGAUUUACGCAGCACAGAAUUGCGCAUCUGAAUCGCUCCCUUUGCGCCUUUGUUUGGCACUGACUGCAAAAACUUCCACUAGGAUGGCUUUGGUCAUGGAACCUGUAAGCAAGUGGACAACGAGCCAGGUUGUGGACUGGAUGAAGGGUCUGGAUGACUGUCUGCUGCAAUACAUUAAAAACUUUGAGCAGGAGAAGGUUGGAGGGGAGCAGCUGCUGCGCAUCACCCAUCAGGAGCUGGAAGAUCUGGGAGUUUCUCGCAUUGGCCACCAGGAGCUCAUCCUGGAGGCUGUAGACCUGCUGUGUGCACUGAACUAUGGUCUGGAGACUGAGAACCUGAAGACUCUGUCCCAUAAACUCAACGCCUCCGCUAAAAACCUGCAGAACUUCAUAACAGGGCGCAGACGUGGAGGUCACUACGAUGGCCGAGCCACACGCAAGCUCCCGAAUGACUUCCUCACCUCCGUGGUGGAUCUGAUUGCUGCUGCAAAAAGUCUACUGGCUUGGCUUGACAGGUGUCACGUCUUCCUCAGGUCUCCUUUUGCCGCAGUGGCUGAUUAUUCCCUGACCAGGAACAACGUGAUCCAGCUUUGUCUAGAACUUACCACAAUAGUGCAACAGGACAACACAGUGUAUGAAACAGAGAAUAAAAUACUGCAUGUGUGUAAGAUGCUGUCUGAUGUGUGUGACCAUAUUAUCACGCUCUCCUCAGACCCCAUGGUGUCUCAGGCUGCUCACUUGGAGGUGGUGCAACUGGACAACAUCAAAUCGACAGAGGGGCUGGGCAUGUACAUCAAGUCGACGUAUGAUGGCCUACAUGUCAUCACAGGGACCACAGAAGGGUCUCCGGCAGACCGCUGCAAGAAAAUCCAUGCUGGUGAUGAAGUAAUUCAAGUCAAUCAUCAGACAGUGGUGGGCUGGCAGUUAAAGAACUUAGUGAACUCUUUACGUAGUGACCCUGCUGGAGUGUCCUUAACACUGAAGAAACGUCCUCAGAGCACGCUCACUUCCACCCCUGCCUUACUGAAGAACAUGAGAUGGAAGCCACUGGCCCUGCAGCCCAUCUUCCCCUCAAGCCCCAGCAGCAGGGCAGCCACACCUACCAGCACCCUCAGUACACCAUCCAAACGAGACAGCUGUGCCCUACAGGAUCUCUACUUCCCCCCACCACCGGAUGAGCCGUACACACCCAGAGAGGGCACAGCCAUUGACACCUCCCAGCAUGAGGUGGCAAAGCGCUCUGAGUCGCCGAACUCUUAUCUAGACCAGGAAUGCCGGCGGCGGUUUCCUAUGAUGGAAGAGGAUGCAGUUCUGUACUGCUACGAGUACGACCCAAAUCGAGGGCCUCCUCCUGUGCGCAGGGACGGCACUAUGACAUACGGCAGACUGAGGCCCAUCUCUAUGCCGGUGGAGUAUAACUGGGUGGGCGACUAUGAAGACCCAGCCAAGAUGAAGAAAGAGCUCAGGAGAGAGAACUCCAUGCUUCGUUAUGUUGGAGAGGAUAAGCCGGGUCCUGAGGAGUACGCGAUAGGACGCAGCAGCAGCAGCAGGAGAAGCAGAAGGAAGAAUGAGAAAGGGAGUAGCCCCGCCCAUUACGCCUUGGUUCCAGCCCUUCAGAUGGAAAUUCUAAGACAGGAGUCAGUAACCACGCCCACCUCAGACACUUCCUCCGUCUAUCAUACAUUCGAUCAGUCUUCAGUGCUGUCGAAGUCGAAGAAGAAGUUGAGAGCUGGCUCACUGUCUUCCAUCAGUAAGCGCAGGAUUUCCUGUAAAGACCUGGGACAGGGAGAUUGCGCAGGCUGGCUGUGGAAGAAGAAGGAUGCCAAGAGUUACUUCUCUCAAAAGUGGAAGAAGUACUGGGUGGUGCUGAAAGACACCUGCCUGUACUGGUACAUCAACGAGGAGGAUGAGAAGGCAGAAGGCUUCGUCAGUCUCCCUGAGUUCAAAAUUGACCAAGCAAAUGAAUGCCGCAAGAAGUUCGCUUUUAAGGCAUGCCAUCCUAAGAUCAAGAGUUUCUACUUUGCAGCAGAUAAUGUGGACGACAUGAACAGAUGGUUGAGUCGAAUGAACAUGGCAGCAGCAGCUCACUCAGAGCAGGAAAGAAUUCGACAGGAUCAUGACUACUGGAGUGAGAGUGAUCACGAGGAUGUUGAAAACUUGUCUUCAAAACAGAACAGCCCCCCACCACCUUAUGACACCUACCCUGCCUUACAGGUGAGCCCUUAUCCUGAGCCCAAACACAUUCGGCCUCCAUCCACAGAGACAAUGCAGCCCCGGUCUCCCCAUGAGGACUUCCAGCCCGAGCCUCAAUGUGCCAGUAUGAGUGGCUCCAGCUCUCCUGCUCGCAAGUCGUCCAGCCAGCGGCGCUCCUGGCAAGACCUGAUUGAGACACCACUCACCAGUUCAGGUCUGCACUUCCUUCAGUCACUGCCUCUGGAGGAUGCUGUAUUCUUGGAGCCUAAUGGAGCUAUGCCUAUAGAACUUCGGCGCCAGGCCACACUGCCACCUCAGCGUUGUCCACUACCAGAGCGUCACACCCCACUGACACCCAGCCCACUACCUUCCACAGCUCGGAUAGGAAGAGAAGUAAAACACCGCAGCUUUACGCUGCCACGUGACAGCGGCCUGCAUGCCAUCCUGGCAGCAACAGCAGGGGCACCUGAACACAGAGAUAUGCAGCAGCACCAGCUGGGCCAGGCAUAUACGAGAGAUGCAGGUAUGGAGCGGGAACGCAGGCACCAAACUGAUUCGCUGUGUGAUCUGUAUCGAGCUCUAGAGAGGGCCAGUCUAUCCCCUGUGAAUGAGCAGAUGCCCCCCACGCGUCUGGAGUACAAGCGCUCAUUUGUCCGCCGUGGUAAUGACCCCUUGCUUAAUGAAAAACUGCACCGCCUGCGCAUUCUUCAGAACACAUUCAAGGAUGUCCCGCUAAAAGAGGCUGAGACAAAGAUCAUUCAUCGAGAUGUGUAAGGAAAACCGGUGGCAAUCAGGAGAGUAGCCUAGAAAACGACAGUAUUUACAUCUGUACAUAAAGAUUGUAUACUGUAAUGUGAGAGGAGUGUUAUCUCUGCUCUAGUUCUGUUCUCUUCAUCUCUGCUUCUUUAUGGAGGUUGAUUUACAUGUACACUGCCAGUCAAUGGUUUUUGAAGAAAAAUAUUAAGCUUGUUUCCAUCAAAGACCUUAGUAGAGAAAAAGGUUAUUAGACCGUUCAGACUUUACAGGGUUCAGAAUUCAGCCCUGAGUUCACAUUGUCCUGACAGUUUUUCUCCCAAAAUUAUGAUGGUAGGUGGACUGGCCACUCUAAAUUACUUUGGGGUGUAAAUUUGAAGGCAAAUGUGUGUUUUAUGCCCUGUGUUGGUCUGGCAUCCCUGGAUAAUGAUCAGCAUAAUGAGAUUACUAUGAAUGAAUGAAUGAAUGAAUGAAUAUCAACUGAAAUAUAAAUGUACAUGUUGUGUGCAUAUGAGUGCUUAUUUCCAAUAAGAUAAAAAGCCACAAACUGUUCUCAGUUCACUUCUACCUACUCCCUUGUAUAUUUACGUUUAAAGUCUUGAGCCUGUCUCAGGAAAUUGUGGCAUACAUACAAGGAUGGGAUGCCAGUCCAUCAUGGGGCAGCAGGCAAACACAUCCAUAGAAACAUGAAUAAGAUGCACACACACAUUAACCCAAGCUUGAGAUCAGAGCAGGGAUAAUGGAGCUGUGAGGUAGCAAUGCAUCCGGAAAUGCCACCAAAAAUGAUUGCUCAGAAACUUUUGACUGGCAUCGUAUUUAUUGGAUCUUUAUUCGAUCUUUAUUACUGUCCUCUGAGCUCAUUUUACUUGCCAUAUUUAUGCCAUGUCUUCCUUCUUUCUCCUGAUUUGUUUCCAUAUUUGCACACUGUUAAUAUGUGCAUAUGAAGGCAUUAUUUUGUAUAUCGGUAAUUGCUAAAUUAUGGUCUGUUGAAACCUUUGAAGUUUAUGUAUUGUUUAGCAAAUACUGGCCUUUGAGAAACCAAAUGACUGCACUUCCUUUGAGUGUUGGUCCUCUACACUGACUGAAAAUGAAACACAGAACUGCUGGUAUAGAUGUUCCUCAACUACUGAUUGUGUUAUUUUACUUUGCAUGGCAACAGUCAAAGUUAUGAUUUUUGUGUGUGUGAUUGGCUUUAAGUUCUUAAUUGGAAAUUGCAGUUUCUUUAACUUUUAUAGCUGUACAACAGUGUAUGUCAAUAGGUAUAACAUAUGGAAUGACUAUGUGUAUUUAUUGUUGUAAAACAAAGAGAGAAAGAUGGUUGUAUAUCAAACAUGUCAUCCUUGUCUAUGCUUCCAUCUGGCUGUCUUCUGUGUGGCUUAUGACCUUUGACCCUGGAAUCAACUCAUAGUACAGUGCAAAACAUUCAAGAAUUUGGUGUUAAAUACACAACAAUGCUAAACUAAAAUGGUUAACCAGUGAAACGCUGUCUAUUUUUGUAAGCAUGAUAUUUAUCCACUGGUUUGUACGUGGUUUUAUAUUUUGAGCUGUGUUUUAAUUGAAGAUAAAUGAUGGUGUUGAUUCCUUUGACAGGAUGAAACCUAUAAGCAAUUAUCCUGUUGUACUGUAUCUCUGAGA